CACACGUGCGAACUCGUUACAGUUACAUACUCAGCCAUUAUUGUAUACUUAUAAUUUGCUUGUUUAAAUAUAUCUUACGUUAGUUAAUUUUCUACUGCCAAAUUACGAGCUCUUUCUUACGACUAUUCCUCAUACAUAACAAAUUGGCGACGAGGAUUCUUUUAUCACGAACCAUUACGGAAAAUCGUACACGAUUUUUCGAAGCAAGCACGUGGCUAGACAAAGGCAACGGCGAGGAAGAAUUCUAUACAAAGGAGCUGAGGAAAAAGGAAGGUGACCAUGACUACAGCAACGAUGGUACCCAACACAUUCGCAAUUGAACCAUUCUGCCCUACAAGCACAACGUGGUCUAGAUGUCUAAUGCGAUUGGAAGGAGCAUUCCGGAUUUUCACAAUCAAAAACGAGGAUCCAUACACAACCCUAGCGAAAACGUUAGGCGAUUUCUACGAGCCAGCACCGCUCGAAAUAGCGGAAAACUACAAAUUCCACCAACGAAAGCAGAAGGAAGGCGAAUCGGUACAAAAAUUCUUAGCAGCUCUACAAGAACUCUGCCUACACUGCAAAUUUGGCGAGUACGUAAAGAUUGCACUACGCAAUCAAUUAGUUUUUGGGCUGAUAAGCAAGAAAAUUCAAGCACGACUUCUCGAAUUACCGGACUUGACCUUGGAGAAAGUGACGCAGGUGGCAACAACGAUGGAGAUGUCGGACAAAGGAACACAACAACUUCAAGGAGAGACGCCAGAGGUAAACAUAGUACAAGCGGCGAAACGGAUUACCAACCGAGGAGGACACACAGAUAAGUUAUCUAAACACAAUAAUAGUUUUUCUAGAAAUACCAAUGUACGAAAACCUAAUAAUAAGUCAAAUCCUGUAAAUAUACACAAAUACGCGAAUAUUACAUGUUAUCGUUGCGGCAAAAAUCAUCUCGCUUCAAAAUGUACGUUAGACAAAAAUAUUAAAUGUAACGCUUGUGGCAGGGCAGAACAUCUACAUAGGGUCUGUUUCCAACGGAACCGCGAGAAUAAUCAGUUGACGGAGGUGUUACAAUUAGAGCAUACGCAGUUCAGGGAAAAGCUGAAGACUACGCUGUCAGUCAACGACAAGCGCGUGAAAUUUGAAAUAGACAGCGGAGCAGCAGUUUUAGUUAUGCGAGAUGAUUUGGUUACGUAAGUUUUUUCCAAAUUCGUCGAUAUGUCCAAUAAAUUUAGCGUUAACAUCAUAUUGUCGUAAAAGGGUUAAACCCCUGGGUUACAUUGUAGUUAACGUAAAGUGCUGUAAGCAUAUACAUAAAUUAAAUUUAUACAUCGUAAAAGAAAACAGAAAUACCUUACUAGGCCGCGAAUGGAUUUUUCAGUUACGUAAAGAUCGUGUUAUCGGACAAUUAGUAAAAGAUUUAGAAGCAAUACAUUCGGUAGAAAUGAAUUCUAAAAAUAAAUUACAAUCACUAUUACAAAAGUACCAAGACAUUAUGUCCCCGUCAGUAUCAAAAAUUAAAAAUUUUCAAGCCAAGUUAACUUUGAAAGGAAAUGCGAAGCCGAUUUUCUGCAAAGCACGUCCGGUACCAUUUCGUCUACGUCCACAAAUCAAAGAGGAAUUACUAAGAUUAGAAUCGGAGGAUAUUUUAGUUAAAAUCGACACCGCGGAAUGGGCUACACCCAUCGUGCCGGUACUUAAAAAGAAUGGACAAAUAUGUAUUUGCGGAGACUUUAGUGUAAUGCUAAACGCACAACUAAUAGUCGAUGACCACCCCUUACCGAUAGCUGACGAAUUGUUCGCAUCUAUGGCGGGAGGAGUAAUUUUUUCAAAUAUCGACCUUCUACAGGUAUAUCUACAAAUGGAAGUCCGACCGGAGGCAGGCAUUUGCUUACGCUAAAUACACAUAAAGGCCUUUACCGUUGUACGCGUUUAAUGUACGGGAUCGCAUCCGCGCCAGCGAUCUGGCAAGGAACGAUUGAAAGCAUCCUAGGCGAUAUUCCAGGCGUCGCAGUUUUCUUAGAUGACAUACGCAUUGCGGGUUCAAAUGUGGAAGACCACUUACGAACUUUAGAAUUAGUUUUCACGCGUUUACGAAAAUGCAACAUUAGAAUAAAUCCAGAUAAAAGCGAAUUUUUUGCGCGACAGAUAAACUACUGCGGUUACGUUAUCGAUAAAGACGGAUUACAUAAAGCCCCGGAUAAAAUCAAAGCCAUCGAAAAUAUGCGUAGACCACAAAACGUAACAGCGGUACGUAGUUUUCUAGGCAUGAUUAAUUAGUACGGACGUUUUAUCCCAAAUUUAAGUUCAAUAUUACAACCGUUAAAUAAAUUACUACAUAAGAAUACACGUUUUCAAUGGACAAAAGACUGUGAGCAAUGUUUCAAAGCGGCGAAGGAAGCUUUCAUAAGCCCUAAAUGCUUAGCACAUUUUGAUCCAACUUUACCAAUGAUUCUGGCAACCGACGCAAGCCGUUACGGUAUGGGAGCAGUGCUAUCACAUCUGUACCCGGACGGUACAGAGCGGGCCAUACAAUUCGCGUCGCAAACACUCUCUAAAACACAACAAUCGUACUCGCAGAUUGACAAAGAAGCGUACGCGAUCAUUUUCGAAAUCAAGAAAUUUUAUCAAUAUUUAGUAGGCGGGCAUUUUACCUUGGUUACAGACCAUCGCCCACUAGUACAAAUUUUUGCUCCCAGUAAGAGCUUACCAGCGUACAGCGCAAUGCGCAUGCAGCAUUACGCACUUUUUCUACAAGGGUUUAGAUAUACGAUUAAAUUAAAGAAAACGCCUUCCAAUUAAAGAAAAUGCUUCUCCAGACGUAAUCGACGCGUUUCAAUUAGACACACAUUGAUUUAGUGGUAGCCACGGAAAAGGAUACAAUCAUAGCUAAAUUAAAAAAGAUAUUACUAUCAGGAAAGAAUCCCCCUAAAUACAAUUUCGCUUUCGCAAACGUAGAUUUAAGGGAAUUUACAUUACAAGAUGGGGUAAUACUAAGAGGACACCGAGUGGUGAUACCAUUAACCUUACGUAAACGAAUACUAUUAGAAUUACACGUAGGACAUUUUCGGGUAGUAAAAAUGAAAAGUAUCGCUAGGGGAUAUGUAUGGUGGCCAAACAUUGACCACGAUAUUGAGGCGCUCGCGAAAAAUUGUCAGGAUUGCAACUCGUUCAAAAAUAAUCCAGUUAAAAUGGAACCACGUGUAGGAACCACCUUCAAUACCUUUUAACCGCGUACAUGUAGAUUUUGCAGGGCCAUUUCUAGGAUACAUUUUCUUCAUUUUAGUGGACGCGUACACGAAAUGGCCGGAGGUACAUAUAGUUAAAGAGAUUUCCGCGAAAACUACAAUUGAAGUAUGUAGGAAAAUUUUUGCUACGUUCGGGUUACCUAAACAACUAGUUUCCGAUAACGGCAAAACCUUUACAGUAAAAUCUGGAUAAAUUCAACCAAGAUUGGGACCCAGUGGUUGCGUUUACCUAAGCGCGGUAUCGAAUCUCGGGUUACACGCAACGACCAGCCAAGCGUGAACGUAGAAAGGAACAGA